ACCAAAACCUCUGAGAGACUGAGGGACACAGCACUGUAAAAUGCAAAUCCAAAUAACUGUACUUGAAGUUGAAAAAAGUACGAUUGAUCCCUUAUUACGGAACCAGCUAAAAGGAUCAAAAUUAGCAAUAUUAGUGAAGUAAGCAGUCAACAAAAAAAUCAAAACCCUGCUCAAUUUAUCUCUAACUGAAACUAACAACACAAAGAGUGAAUAUGUGACAAUGCUCAUUCAUCUCUAUCUCACCUCAACCCAUAUGACAAAUUACUGUAACCCAUAAUAAAAAUGCACAACAUACGAUACAAUACAGACAGACAGAAAAUAGAGUCUUGCCGAAGGGUUUCGGCCCACGUCAACUGUACUUUUUUCCAUAGAUGCUGCCUAGUCUGUGAGUUCCUCCAGCAUUUUGUGUGUGUUGCUUGGAUUUCCAGCAGCUGCAGAUUUUCUCUUGUUUGUGACAUGACUCCUGCACCUAUAUGAAGUCUAUAUCCCUCCACUUCCUGCCCAUUCAUCUGGCCAUCUGAGGGCCUCUUUAAUGCUCCAAUCAUAUUUGCUUCCAUUGCCCAAUUCCCCACUGGCAGUGCUUUCAAGUCACCUCCCAUUCUCUGUAAUUAAAAAAAACUCGCCUCACACAUCUCCUUUGAACUUACCCCCUAUUCUACCUCACUUUAAGAGCAUGAACUCUAUUAUUAGGCAUUUUAUUAAAGAUUAAACUUAUUUGACACAAGUACAUUAAAUCAUGCAGGGAAAUGCUUGAGUUAUGUCAGGGAUGAGAUGGGGACAAGGGCCAAUGUGCUUCCGGCGCCAAUACAGCAUGCCCACAACUUACUAACCCCAGCCCGUACAUCUUUGGAAUGUGGGAGGAAACUGGAGCAAUUGGAGCAAACCCACGCAGUCAUGGGGAGAACAAACAAACUCCUUACAGACAGAAGUGGGAAUUGAACCUGUGUCACUGCUGACGUUAAGUGUUCUGCUACCACUACACUGUUCUGCUGCCUCAACUCUAGGAUAAAGAUGCUAGCUCACUUUCCUGAAAACUCUGCCAUGGUUAAUAUUUUGACUCUUAUAAUAAACCGGAACUCUAUCAUGGACGGUCCCAAGCGAGCCUGCAAAAGGAGGAGGAUCAGCAUAGGGCUAGCAACCCCAUCCCUUAAAAAUCCAGCACUACAGAAAUGCUAACAGAAGCUCUAAAGACCCCUGAAAGAGGAAGGAGGCACCUAGAAGAUGUGCUACACCUGGAGACAACAGGAAAGGCAACCUGGGUCAGAGGAAUCUCACAAGCUACUGUCAGCAGCCUAUGCCGCAGUACCGUUGAAAGGCUUGCCCUGCCAGCUCUUAUUGCCCCCGACAAAGCUCCUAGCAAUAGUAACAACCUCCUGUGAAUUGAUUCAUAAAUUGGCAUAUAGACCACUGAGAACAUUUUCUGUAACAACAAUACUUGGCAAAAGACAUGAAGGCUGUGAUAAGGAUAAUUCCAGAAACAAACAGAUGCUGCUCCAUUUGUAAAAUGCAAUGCUUGCCAGCAUGUCUUUUUGAUGUUGACUUCAAAAAAAUCUCCUGCAAACAAUUACAACGAAGUUGGUUUGUGGCAUAUAGCUGACAAAAGUGACUGCCAGGUGAAUCUGCCAGCACCCAAAGAACUCCAUCGCAUUUUGGAUGAGUAUAUUAUCGGCCAAAAUCAAGCAAAGAAAGUUCUCUCAGUAGCCGUCUACAAUCACUAUAAAAGGCUUAUUAAUAAUAUUCCAUCCCAUGUCACACAACAUUCUGAGGGUUGUGGUCACAGCUUCUCCAGCUCGUCAAGAGAACUAGUGAAUCUCACAGAAUUGAUUCCAAACCCGACUUAUUUAUCACAACAACCAGUAAUACAGAGAAAUUUCCGGAAGAACUUUGGCAUUGUUAAUAAUGCUGUUCAUUUUGACAAAAGCAACAUCAUUCUGCUUGGACCCACAGGCUCAGGGAAAACACUGAUGGUCCAAACGUUGGCCAAAUGCUUGGAUGUGCCAUUUGCAAUCUGUGACUGUACGUGCCUCACACAAUCCGGCUAUGUUGGUGAAGACAUUGAAUCAGUCAUUGCUAAGCUGCUACUGGAUGCAAACUUCAAUGUUGCAAGAGCUCAGCAAGGAAUUGUCUUUCUUGAUGAAAUGGACAAGAUUGGAGCAAUUCCGGCAGGGCAUCAGUUACGAGAUGUAACGGGAGAAGGUGUGCAACAAGGCUUGCUGAAGCUGAUAGAGGGAACAAUUGUGAAUGUUCCAGAACACAAUUCACGGAAAUACCGUCGUGACACCAUUCCAGUGGACACCACCAACAUUCUCUUUGUGGGUUCAGGAGCUUUUAAUGGAUUGGAUAGAAUCAUCAGCAGGAGGAAACACGAAAAUUACCUCGGCUUUGAUGCGGCACUUGGUGAAGGCGCUGGCCUGGCUAAUUCCUCUGGAUUGAACGCCCAUGAAGACUUCCAGGAGAGAGACAAGUUACUCCAUCAGGUGGAGCCCAGGGACCUAAUGGAAUACAGAAUGAUUCCUGAAUUUGUGGGAAGAUUUCCUGUCAUUGUCGCACUGCACAGUUUAACUGAGGACAUGUUAGUUCAGAUUUUGACAGAACCACGGAAUGCAAUAAUUACUCAGUACAAGAUGCUGUUUGGCAUGGAUAAGUGUCAUGUCUCCUUUUCCGAGGAAGCCUUGCACGCCAUCGCAAAUAAAGCAAUUGAGCGUAAGACAGGAGCGCGAGGACUGAGAUCAAUCAUGGAACAAAUAUUACUUGAACCCAUGUUUGAGGUGCCAAAUUCAAAUAUCAUUAGAGUUCACAUAGAUAAGGAAGUUGUUGAUGGUAAGAAGAGCCCGGAGUAUACUAGAGCAUCACCGAAUGUGGAUAAAAACUGUGACGAUUAUGACUGGAUGGAAGGAGCUGACACCAACAAAUGAUUAACCAGUGGAAUGGUAAUUAACCCAAUGGUUUGGAUAGGUAACUAAAACAACAAAGGCACAC